CAGCAGUGCCUAAUAUGUAUUUGGGCUAUGCUUUUGAGCAAAAAAUUAAAGAGGCUCAAUUUCUAUCACAGGAGCUAGAAAUUAGAAAAAUUUGCAUGGAAUUUGUUAAAGAAUUAAUAAUCCAACUACGUGAAAGGUUGCCAGAUAAUAUAGAAAUAAUGCAACUGGUAAAUUUAUUUUCUGUACAAAACAUGCUAAAAGUUUCAAAAAGUAAAGAAAUUUUCAAAGUAUUAGAAUAUUUUGAAUGUAAAAACAUUGAAAAUAUUCAAUUGCAAAUUGAAAAAAUUAAUUUUAUAAAAUGGGAGUUUGUAGAGGACACCAGCAAAUUUUGGACGGAAGUUAUUAAGUACAAAGACGCUGGAAAUAAUAAUCCGUUUAGCGACUUAGCGGAAUUCGCCUUAAAAAUUCUUUCUCUGCCGUGGUCGAAUGCAGAAGUUGAGCGGAUAUUCUCACAAAUGAACAUCGUUAAGAGCAAAUUACGCAACGCCAUGAGCCUUAAAACAUUAAAUGCAAUAAUGUAUAUAAGAUAUGGACUAGAAAGACAUGGCAAAUGUUGCCAUAAUUAUGUCCUGCCAAAUGAAUAUUUGAGUCAAAUAACAAGCAGUGAAAAAUAUUCUGAUGUAUGUGAAGCUGACGAGCUAGACAAUAUUUUAAGUAUCCUUUAGUUUAAGACUGAUUUAGUUUA